AUGGGAAAUGAAGCCAGUUACCCCCUGGAAAUGUGCUCACAUUUCGAUGCUGAUGAGAUUAAGAGGCUAGGGAAGAGGUUUAAGAAACUCGACCUAGAUAACUCUGGCUCGCUCAGCGUGGAGGAGUUCAUGUCCCUGCCGGAGCUGCAGCAGAACCCGCUGGUGCAGAGGGUCAUCGACAUAUUCGACACGGACGGGAACGGAGAGGUGGACUUCAAAGAGUUUAUCGAGGGAGUGUCGCAGUUCAGCGUGAAGGGGGACAAAGAGCAGAAGCUGCGAUUCGCCUUCAGGAUCUACGACAUGGACAAAGACGGCUACAUCUCCAACGGCGAGCUCUUCCAGGUGCUGAAGAUGAUGGUGGGCAACAACCUGAAGGACACGCAGCUGCAGCAGAUCGUGGACAAGACCAUCAUAAACGCAGACAAGGACGGAGACGGCAGGAUAUCCUUCGAAGAGUUCUGCGCAGUGGUCGGCGGUCUCGAUAUACACAAAAAGAUGGUGGUGGACGUGGCGCCUUUUUCCACCGGCGAGCUCCGCGCUCGGGACCGGGCCGCCGGGGCAUCGCCAGCGUCUCGAGGCUUUGGUGUAACGUCAGGAACCCGCUGGGCUAACAUCAGAGGGAGGGGAGACCCGCGAGUCCAUCGCUCGUGUCGUCUCCCGGCCGGAGGAGGAGGCCCCCCCCCCCCCCCCGUCCCGCUGCAGGACGGCCCCUCCUCUUCAACACAAACACUUCAGAAUCUUAACACGUCAGCAUGA